UUAUAAUAAUGAAAUGCAACAUAUACAAAACUGUAUCAAGCUCCCAGGAUGACAGUCACGUCACUGGCAGCCACUGGGAAAGUCCCAGACUGGACUGGGUUCCAGAUCUGGAUUCAGGAACGCACAGAUUGGAAUCAAAGGCAGGUGACCAGACAAAGUCCUUCUUGGACGCUGGCCACUGAAGAAAGAGGGAUGACCCUUUGAUCCCUCAGCUUUUAUACCGAGCAUGGGACAGAUGGGAUGGAAUAUCCUGUUGGUCAGGUUUGGGUCACCUGUCCUGCCUGCCAAUCCCCACAGGUGCAACCCAUCCAUGUUCUUCCACUUCCAACCCUCCAACGGGUAAAUAACAAAGUUAGCUCGCCUUGAUUACUAUAGCAAGAAGUAUAAGCAAGAGCCUCUCUGCAUACCAUUCCUGGGUAUUCACUAUAAAUAUCAGACAUUAUCUGUGCUAGAAGGGGAGAUGGUCUGAAAAAUAUGCUGUUAAUUUCAGAGAGUUAGAAGAGGCUUAAUUGAAAAAUAAAAUUACUGAAAAGAACCUUGGUUCUGUUUUACCUCAAACCAGGACAUUCCCAGUCGUGCCAGGAACACACACGCUAGUGCAGCACAUGAGUAGAAGCCGACAGAAGGUCUGGCCAUCAUUUUGUGUGAAAAGUGUUUACAGCAGUACGAGUUUUGUGUAAAUGGGAACUAGCACCCCAAAAGCUUUUCCAAUUACCUCUUUUUAAAGUUUAUUAAUGCCUUUUCCUUUUCAGCUCUUAACCUGCCUUGUGUUCAUGGGAGAGACGUGGUCUGGGUCUUGCUUCCGGACAGCUUGCAUAUGACAUCCUGUAAUAAAACUUCUUCAAACAACAUAAUAUUGGAAAAGGCCAAAUAUCAGCACUGCUCUGUAUAUAUGCAACAGUGCUUAUAAAAAUGAAGGCAUGAGGUGCGGUCCUGGACAACAGCUGCCAAGCAAUCCUUGUGUCUCAUGUGGCAAAAAGUGAAAGUGCAGCUAAUGCUAAGCAUGUCUUUCCUUGUGGCUGUUUGUUGGUAUUGCAGGAGGCUAUACAGCUUUUUAGCACAGCUGCUGAAACGGUGGAGCAACUACCUUCAGAGAAAACUCAUAAGGAAUCUCAGUGUGCUGACAGAAGUUGAUCUGCUUGGUUAUGGUGUGAGAGAAUGGAAAGGAGACACAAAGCAGGCCAAACACAUGAGGGAGGCAUAUGAAGCAUUGUUUUGGAGCUGUCAUAUCAAAUAUCUGCGACAAGUCAGGAAGGACAACUAUAGUGUACUAAGAGCAGUGCUUUUUCAGAUAUUCAGCCAAGGCAUUCCUUUUCCAUCAUGGAUGAAGGAGAGGGAUAUAUUAAAGCUCCCUGAAAAGCUUUUGUAUUCUCAAGGUUGCAACUGGAUUCAGCAAUACAGUUUUGGGCCAGAAAGAUACACAGGUCCCAAUGUCUUUGGUAAAUUGCGCAAAUGUAUGGAGACAUUAAAGACCAAUUGGAUUGAAAUAAGUGCUACUAAAGAUCAUGAAGAAAGAGGAAACCUGUGUAAUACACUCUUUUCUGAUGAGAGCAAGGAACAUAAACUAUAUGAGGCCAUAAAAUUCAUCAUGCUCUACGAAGUUGUUGAAGCCUACGAACAGAUAAAGAACAGGGAAGAACCCACACACAACCUUUUUAGCCUUCUCCUUGCUCGUGAUUCUUCGUCUGACCCUUUGAGUUUCAUGAUGAAUCAUCUGAACGGCGUAGGUGACUCUAUUUGCCUAGACCAGGUUGAACUGUUUCUUCUUGGAUACUUGCUUGAAGUAAAGAUAAGAGUUUACAGACUGCAUAGGUUUAAUACUGAGGAAUUUCAAGUAAACUAUCCAGAAGAAUACCGAAGGGAAUGGAAUGAGAUUUCUCUCCUGACCGAGGAUGACCGCUACUAUCACAUCCCCCUUUUCAGAACGUGAAGGACCAGUGACUUUUAUUCCUUUGUAUAAUAUAGUGAGUGAACAGUUCCAGUGAAUUAAGUUUCUAAUUGGCAGCAGUAUGAUUUUGAGAAUGCUCUUUAAUGAUUACAAAAUGAUUUAUGGUUUAUUGUGUAAACAUUUUGCUUUCCCAUGCAGCUUAAUUCACCAUCAGUCAGCCAUAAAAAACAUAACAUAUAUUGCUAUACUGUGUGGGGAAAAAAAUAGCGUAUUUGAGAGUUGUCAGAUGAAAAAGAUUGGACUGCAUUGAUAGAGAAGGUAAAGGUAAAGCUGGGUUUUCCAUUGCUAGCCUAAGGGUUUACUCUGACAUCUCUGGAGGGUUAAACUCAAGUUCCUAAAGUAAUUCCUGCCUUUCCCUUGCCUGUCUCUAGCUGGGGAGGAUGAGUCAUGGAGGAAGCAACUCCAGGGGUCCCGCAGUUUAUAUUCCAGACUAUUAAACUUGCACUGACCCGGGGCAACCUAGGAUGGGAGGGUGUAAACCGGGGACUCUGCACAGCUGCUUCAAAUCCCUGGAAGUUGCUGGAAUGUCUCCCUCCAGGGAUGGGCAGAGGGAGCAGCUUCAGGCUGUACUUGCUUCAGACACCUGAAAUGAAGCUGUCUGCACUCAGCCCUGAUACCCUAAGGUGAAGACAUGUUACACAGGAGGAAGAAAAUCCAUCCCACGCACAAGAAUACUGUGCCAGAUGAACAGAAGAUCUGGGUUAUAACUGGGGAAAGUAGACACGCUUUCUCAAAGCUGAAAAGGGCAGUAUUAAUUAAUAAGGAACAUGCAAUGGAGUUAGACCCAGUAGCUGCCUAUGGGUUUUGUCAACUUGUAAAUCCUUUAACGGCUGAUUUCAACAUAACGUGCCAAGAUUUUCUUUGCAAUUCAUCUGAGAAAGCUGUGCACAGAAUACAUUCACAAACACUGCAUUUUCAGAAAAUACUAAUUUUCUAUGUGUUAUUUGAAUUCAGCAGUGUAUAUACAUAUUUUAUCUUCUGAGUGUAUGUUAAUCUCCUUGCAUAAGUUUGCUAUUUAGUUUAGACCUCAAUGUUUGAAGAAGUCUAUCCAGGACAACUAAAUGAGAUUUACCUUAUUACAUGCAGCAUUUUUCCCAGUUUUAUUUUCUAGAAGAAUCAAUUGUGUUUUCAUUAUUUCAAAAAUAAGGGACCUUCAUUUGAAGAAAUAUUAAAAUGAUGUAGCAGAUCUAGCAAAAUAUUUCUGAAAAGCUUACAAUCCCAUAGGCAUAUGGUUGUAUUGAAGAAAGUGGGAUUUAUUAAGAAAAAAAAACUUCUCCUUUCCUUAUCCUAGAGAUAUGGGGACAGCCAGGCUUGUUUUUUAAUUCCUGCAGAAGAAAAUACAAGCAAGUAACAAAAAUGUGAACAGGGCCUGCAGGAGCUACAGCAGUAGCAUGAGGCAACUAAGUGGUAAUGCUUGGAGUGCACAGAGAGCGCUUGGUUCCUUUGUGUAAAGGAAAACAAUUUUAUCCCUCGCAGUCCUUUUUUUUUUUUGUAUGUGAAUAUAAAUAUUUAUAAACACAAACACCUGAGUUCUUGUAACAGUUUUGUUUCCUGAAAGUUUUUCUGAGUUCAGUUUUGUUCAAUAACUUGUGGCUUUUUAAUUAAGGCGGCUUGAUACCUUUAAUAAUUUCAUCUCAUCAAAACCUGCAUAUCAAGUACUUUAUUUAUUAAAAGAAACUUUUCUUCACUGAAUGAAAUCAUUUGCCUGCUUUAGAUGUGGUUCUGCUCUGCAUGGGUAAAUGUUAUAAUGCCUGAGGGCAGGGUAUUGGUAUCUCUUUUGCAUCAACAGUAACAUUUACAGCUAUCAAUACUUGUCUAUAUUUUAUUCUUGUUUUGGUACAAGCAGACAUACCAAAAAAGGAUGCGUUUUUAUAGUGGUCUUUUUAAUGCUUUGCAUAUUAUUUAUGAAUAGGAAUACAAAAGCAUUACAGCUGAAAGUGUUAAAUUGUCAAAGUGUAUGUUUUUGUAAUCUUGAGCAUAUUAGUAGCAGGGAGUUAAUAAAGAUCUAACACAGAGAGUGGACUUUA